AUGAGAGUUAUCACGUUUCCGGGCCAAGGAACGCCAAUUGCAUUAGACGUGUUUUAUACAUAUUUAUCACAAUCUUCUAAGCAAUUUCGCAAUAUCUUUCAUGAUGCGAGGCACGCCGAUCUCUUGAGGCUUAUCGAAGCCAAACCAUCGAAUCCUUCGUCGAUAGCGGCAUGUUCAAACUUACUGUAUAAAUUAUACCGAGAAUUUCACCCUCGUAUAGACGAAAUGUGCUUCCUCGGACACUCGCUUGGUGAAUUAUCGUGUUUAGCCUCAGGAAACAGGCUUUACGAUGUCAAUGAUGUCGUUGCUAUCGCCGGGCGUCGUAACGAAUUAAUGAUACAAGCUACAAACAAGUAUAUUCAAGCCGAUAAGGAUUUUGGAAGUCGAUUUGAAAUGUGGGCGAUAUCUGCUCCACGCUCUACAAAUUUAAAACUAGAGCUAGAGGCUAUAUUCUUGGAUUUCCCCGAUAUUUGUCUAGCAAAUAUAAACACACCAAAACAAUGCGUUAUCACUGGCCCGGAGAAAAAGUUGAAAGAAUUAAAGCACAAAUUAAGCAAACUGGUACCCCGCUGCCGUAUAGUGCCUUUGACAAAUCCCGCCGGCAUUGCAUUUCAUAACAAAUGUGUUCUGAGACAAAUUCAGGAACCAUUGCAUGAUUUUAUGUGGACAAAGCUCAAGGAACAAGGCCUUCACGUCAAGCGUGAACUGGACCAUCCAAUAAUAUCCAAUUUCAAUGGGCGAAUUGUCUAUAAUGUGGAUGAAGCUCUAGAGAAUUUUGUAAAAUGCAGCAGCGAUACCGUACAGUUCGUACACUGCUGCGAAACUCUUGACAAGAUUGAAGUUGAGGAGACUGUUCACAUAGGCCCAGGAACAGUGAUAAGUGGUUUGGUUAAAAAAAACCUUCCAAACCUUAAAUACAAGGAAUGGAAUUCGGUUGAAUCGAUUUUAAGUUAA